AUGCUCAAAUUCUCGCUUACAACAUCGAGGACCGUUGCCUCUGACCCCGAAGACGAACCGAGUCCCUUCACGAGGCCUAUUGUUGAAGAGGAAGAACCUGACGAACCGCAACAGACUGAGGAUGAUGGCGACGACGAACUGCUUACUCACGACGAGGAUGAACACGUCUCUCAGCACACGACCAAGGACAACAAGGCGGCCAAUAAGGAAAACAGACUCACAACGCCCAACAAUGAUGAGACUACGGAUGAUGAUGAAGAAUACUUCCGAACGCCUAUGACUGUCAAGCCGCGCACACCCAUGAGCCGUACACCUGCUAGAGCCACUUCUCCAAUUUCAACCGUCAAUCCACUGGUCGAGCUCUCACCUAGCAAGAAACAUGCCCGCUACAAGCCUGGACACAACCGUAAUCUUUCAUCGAAUACGGUCUUGUUCAGCCCUACGAAGGACAACCAGUCAGCCCGAUCGCAGUCGAGCAUAUCCGACGUGCCUCCUCGCACAGCCAACCGAAGCGGCACCGCAACCCCUGGUCGCAUGCCCCUAGAAGGUGCCCGUAAUUCCGGCCGCAGCGGGACGACGACGCCGGGCCGUAUGCCCAUGGAGGGCCAUCGACCACCCAGACGGCCCGCAACGAAUGCUCCGCUGGCGUCUCGUCCCCGCCCAAUCAUGCCUCCUGCCCAGCUCAGUCGCCAGAACACAAACAUCGCCAACUUCGUCUCUCUUAACCAGCGCCAACGCGAGCCCUCGUUCAAUGCCAUGGCCCUGGAUUUGGCAUCCGACAUCGGCGACAACCGUCCGCAGGCUGGCGCUUUCAGCGGGUUCCCCGCGUCGUUCAAUACGCAGAUCGAGAUGGCUGCCCGGGUCAAAGCGAAGGAUAAGACGGGCAGCGGUGACGAGGAGUCGAAGCGGAUGAGUAGGAUUAUGCUCGCGAGGAUGACUACUGUGAGUGCCUUCCUUCCCUACUACCUUCUCAAUAAUUACGCGGAGAGAAAUGCUAAUUUUAACAGCUGGAGGAAGGUUUCAGAGACGUCCUGA